AUGGGGAAAGUGUUUAUGAAAGAUGAAUUGGCUUCUAUGCUGAAUCCGACGCCGGAAGUGGAAAAAGACCCAGAGGCGAUAGAUGCACCGUUUUCUGAUGAAGAGUAUUCAAGUGAUAAUGAGAAUAAGAAUUCUGGAAGAGAGCAUUAUGUUGAUGUUGGUGCAAGCAAGCUUCGUAGCAAACAAGGUCCUGCUUUAGAUCCUCGUUUUAAGGGAAAAAAGAUUAGCAGAAAGGACUUGGAGGCGAAUCAAGAUAAUGAGUCCGUUUCUGAGGAAGGCUCUGAGGACUUGGAAGAAGAACCUCUCAGUGAAAACGAAAAUGACAUCUCAGGUGAAGAGGUGUCUGACGGCCUCUCAGGAGAUGAAGACGAAGCGGGUAGUGAGGAUGAAUCUCUAUCUGAAAACAAAGACGAAUCUGAGGACGGUUCCGAAAACGAGGAUGAUGAAACAUUUGCGCUUCCUGAUGGAGACAUUUCCAAGCUUAAAAAAAUGUUACAUGGAGAGCAAAAACUUUCUGAUAAAAUCCGGAGCUCUGCUGUUCAGGACAUGAAAAAGGGUGUUGCUCUUCAAGAACAAAUGCGAAUGUACGAUCAAGUCUUAGAUACACGGAUACGUUUGCAAAAAGGGUUUUCCCAAGCUCAUACUAUGGAUGCAUUCGAAGAAAACCAGGAUAAUGAGAUCAAAGAUCAAGCAGACGAGACGACAAAUGUAGUCUCAAUUGAUGAAGUCAAAAAAUCCUUGGUGUCCUUUAUUCAAAAAACCAUGGAACUUCGCGUCGAUUUGAUGGUGGACAGUGGUAUCGAGCCUAGAGGCUUAAAACGAAAAGCUGAAUCCGAGGACAUAGAGUCAAUUUCAUCAACAAUGAAUGAUUUAGACAACUCUUUAGAAGACUGGAAAAAUACUACCUUAACAAAAUGGCACAAUCGUGUUCAAGCUGCUCAAGGAAUUACACAGAAUAAUAAAUUUAAGGCUUUGAAUCAAAAUGUUGUGCAACAAAUUGAUCAAACAAUGCUCAAUAAAGAUGAUCUCAUAGAGCGUUCGCGUUUGAGCCGCUCAGACAGUUCUCGCAAAGACCCUAAUCCUGAGCUUUAUGACGAUACCGAGUUUUACCAAUCCUUAUUAAAGGACUUUAUUAACUCCAGAUUGGCAGACUCUGGAAGAGAUACAAACGUUCGAUGGGUCGCUUCCAAACAACAAAAACAAAAGAAAGAAAAUGUCGAUACGAAGGCCUCUAAGGGACGUAAGUUACGUUAUCAUGUCCACGAGAAGCUUCAGAAUUUUAUGGUUCCUGUUGAGGUGACAUCUUGGCCUGAAGAACACAUUGACGACUUAUUUAAUAGUCUUCUGGGUCAGCGCGUCGAUAUGUCUGAGAAUACUAAAGAUGGAGAGGAUACAGAAAAGAGACAACAAGAAGAAGAGCUUUCUUUGGCUACCAACGACGGGUUCUCUCUUUUUGGGUAG